UGAUCCAGAUGGAAUUUUGAUGGAAGUGAACUAACCCUCUGAGAUAUAUUGACGACGUUUUUCUAUUUUUCCAGGACCCGCCAUGGAGAAACCCUCAAAGGAUCGUCUCACUUUAUCUCCAGGUUGUAGAAUGGAAGAUGAGGACAUCACAGGAGAUUGUGGAGGAGAAAAGACAAUGAGCUCCACUAUGGACGUAGGACUUCACAGUGUGGAUAGACCAUGGAAUCCCUCCGACUCUGAGCAACCUCGUACUGUGAGGGGUGGGGCCGGAAUUCAGGGGGAGGAGACAUUUCCCUGUCCUGAAUGUGGGGAACGUUUUAGCUCAGGUUUAGUUCUUUUUAUACAUCAGGAAACUCACAAGCCGAAGGACCUUCUUUCCUGUUCUGAGUGCGGAAAAAGUUUUCUAAGUAAAGCACAAUUGGUCAGACAUCAGAGCUAUCACAAAGCUAAGAAGGCAUAUUCCUGCCUUAAGUGCGGGAAACAGUUUGUUUAUACAUCACAACUAAAGCUACAUUACAGAUCCCACACGGGUGAGAAGCCAUAUUCAUGCCUUGUGUGCAGGAAAUGUUUUAUAAGUAAAGCACAUUUAGCCAGCCAUCUGAGAUUUCACAGUGUUAAGAAGUCGUAUUCCGGCCUUGAGUGCGGGAAACAGUUUGUUCAUUUAUCACAACUAAAGCAACCUUCCAGAUCCCACACGGGUGAGAAGCCAUAUUCAUGCCCUGAGUGCAGGAAAUGUUUUUCACAUAAAUCACAACUUGUUCUACAUCAAAGAGUUCAUACAGGCGAGAAGCCGUUUUCCUGUCCUGAGUGCGGGAAAUGUUUUCUAAGUAAAGCACAAUUGGUCAGACAUAAGAGCUAUCACAAAGCUAAGAAGGUGUAUUCCUGCCUUGAGUGCGGGAAACGGUGUGUUUAUUUAUCACAACUAAAGCUUCAUUACAGAUCCCACACGGGUGAGAAGCCAUUUUCAUGCCCUGAGUGCGGGAAAUGUUUUAUAAGUAAAGCACAUUUGAUCAGCCAUCAGAGAUAUCACAAUGUUAAGAAGUCGUAUUCCUGCCUUAAAUGCGGGAAACAGUUUGUUGAUUUAUCACUACUAAAGCAACAUUCCAAAUCCCACACAGGUGAGAAGCCAUAUUCAUGCCCUGAAUGCGGGAAAUGUUUUUCACAUAACUCACAACUUGUUCUACAUCAAAGAUCUCAUACAGGCGAGAAGCCGUAUUCCUGUGCUGAGUGUGGGAAAUGCUUUGUGAGGAAUUGUUUGCUUAUUCGUCAUCAAAGAGAGCACACGGGCGAGAAGCCGUAUUCCUGCUCUGAGUGCGGCAUAUGUUAUAGCCAAAAAUAUCAACUUAAAAGCCAUCAACAAUUUCACACGGGGGAGAAGCCGUAUUCCUGCUCUGAGUGCGGGAACUCCUAUAAACUGAAAUCUCAACUUAAUAGACAUCAACGAUCUCACACGAGGGAGAAGCCGUAUUCCUGCUCUAAAUGUGGGAAAAGUUUUUCACAUAAGUCCACUCUUAACAGACAUCAGAGGUGUCACAGAAGUGUCACACCCGGGACAGCCAUAUUGCAUUUUGGUUUUACCGGCUUGUACUUGUUGGAACAGCCGACUCCUCCCCCUUCUCAUAAAUCUCAGGACGGUGAAAAUAAUAUUGCUGUAAAAGAAGAGUAUGAGGAGGCCGAUGGGGUGAGGGAGGAGUCGGAGUUUCUCAAAUACUUGUUCCAGACCAACAUGGUGGCAUCAUCAAGCUACAAAAACCCACCACCAGAGAGAUGUCCCCGUCCUCUGUAUUCCUGGUAUUCCACACCGAGAGAUCACAACUACGCAAAACGUUAUCAGGGUGAAGAUCUGAUGAACAUAAAAGUUGAGGGUGAAGUAGAAGAGACGUAUUUUCCAGGACACGCCAUGGAGAAACCCUCAAAGGAUCGUCUCACUUUAUCUCCAGGUUGUAAAAUGGAAGAUGAGGACAUUACAGGAGAUUGUGGAGGAGAAAAGACAAUGAGCUCCACUAUGGAUGGAGGACUUCACAGUGUGGAUAGACCAUGGAAUCCCUCUGACUCUGAGCAACCUCGUACUGUGAAGGGUGGGGCCGGGAUUCAGGGGGAACAGAUAUUCUCCUAUGCUGAAUGUGGGGGAAGUUUUCCCUCUGAAUUAAGACUUACUGAACAUCAAAUGUCUCACAAGGGUAAAAAUCUUCAUUCCUGUCCUGAGUGCGGGAAAUGCUUUCUAUAUAAUGCACAUCUGUCCAUACAUCGGAGAACUCACACAGGGGGGACGUUGUAUCCUUGCCAUGAGUGCGGGAAGAUUUUUGUUUAUAAAUCAAAACUAGACGCCCAUUACAGAUUGCACACGGGCGAGAAGCCAUAUUCAUGCCCUGAGUGCGGGAAUUGUUUUGCGACUAAAUCGCAACUUGUAGCACAUCAAAAAUCUCAUACAGGCGAGAAGCUGUGUAUAUGUCCUGAGUGCGGGAAAUGUUUUUCAAGCAAAUCAACACUUGCUGUACAUCAAAGAUGUCACGCAGGGGAAAGGCCGUAUUCCUGCCCUGAGUGCGAAAAAUGUUUUAUAAGUAGAUGGGCACGUGUUGUACAUCAAAGAUCUCACACAGGGGAGAGGCCGUAUUCAUGUCCUGAGUGCGGGAAAUGCUUUUCAAGCAAAUUUGCACUUGCUGAACAUAAAAGAUCUCACACAGGGGAGAGGCAGUAUUUAUGUCCUGAGUGCGGAAAAUGCUUGACAAGCAAAUUGGCACUUGCUGUACAUAAAAGAUCUCACACAGGGGAGAGGCUGUAUUCCUGUCCCGAGUGCAGAAAAUGUUUUAUAAAUAAAUCACACCUUGUUGUACAUGAAAGAUCUCAUACAGGUGAGAAGCCGUAUACCUGUACUGAGUGCGGGAAAAGCUUUUCAGGCCGAUUACAACUUGUUGUACAUCAAAGACAUCACACAGGGGAGAGGCCGUAUUUCUGUUCUGAGUGCGGGAAAAAUUUUAUAAGCCGAUCAACAUUUGCUGAACAUCAAAGAUCUCAUACAGGUGAGAAGCAGUACCCCUGUACUGAGUGCGGGAAAAGUUUUUCAAGCAAAUUAGGACUUGUUGUACAUCAUAGACAUCACACAGGGGAGAAACCGUAUUCUUGUCCUGAGUGUGGAAAAUGUUUUAUAAUGAAAUCAUCACUUACUGUACAUCAAAGAUCGCAUACAGGUGAGAAGCCGUAUUCCUGUCCUGAGUGCGGGAAAUGCUUCUCGACGAAUUUCUCGCUUUAUACUCAUCAGAGAGUGCACACGGAGGAGAAGCCGUAUUCUUGCUCCAAGUGUGGCAAACGCUAUAGACAGAAGUCUCAUCUUAAUAGACAUAAAAAAUCUCACAAGGUGGAGAAGCCGUAUUCCUGCACCGAGUGCGGGAAAUCUUAUACAUUGAAAUCUCAACUUAAUAAACAUCAAGAAUCUCACACGAGGAAGAAGCCGUAUUCCUGCUCUAAAUGCGGGAGAUGUUUUUCACAUAAGUCCACUCUUAACAUACAUCAGAGGUGUCACACUGGCGAGAAGCCAUAUUGCUGUCCUGAGUGUGGGAAACGUUUUUUAUGGUGGCCUGAUGUUACUAGACACCAUAGUAAAUGCCGUAUGCAGAAACAGCUGCUUGCCUGUUCAGAGAGCGGGAAAUGUUAGCUACGGAAAUCAGAACUUGUCAGACAUCAAAGAUCUCACACGGGGGAGAAGCCGUAUUCCUGCCCUGAGUGCGGGACUGGCUAUUUCAGUGCAGUAGUUAUCCGUCUAUACAGUGGAACCUCAGAUUACGAGUAUAAUCCGUUCCAGGAGAAUGCUCAUAAUCCAAAGCACUCGCAUAU